AUGUCUCACGAAGCCAAGGAAUACACCAACGGCGCCAGCAAUGGUGUCAACGGCGCCCCUCUCACCCAGACCGAGUCUAUGCUCCCUCCACACGGAGGUGCUUUCAUGCCUGGUCCAUACAAGAAGAAGCAGUUCCGUGAAUUCGCCAAUCCUGCUCCUCUCGGUCUCUCCGCUUUCGCCUUGACGACCUUCAUCCUCAGCUUAGUCAACAUCGGCUCCCGCGGUAUUCAUACCAACUCCAUCGUGCUUGGCUGCGCCUAUGCAUACGGUGGUCUCGUCCAAUUGCUCGCAGGAAUGUGGGAAAUGGCCGUUGGUAACACCUUUGGUGCUACCGCCUUGUCGUCAUAUGGUGGUUUCUGGAUCAGUUUCGCUAUCAUCAUCGCUGGUGGUAACCAAAGCUACGGUGUCGUCGCUGCCUAUGGCGCCUCUGGUCUUCCAAAGGAAGUUGUUGAGAAGCACGUCUCCUCCGCCCUCGGAUUCUACUUGACCGGAUGGUGGAUCUUCACCACAAUCCUCCUAUUCUGCACUCUCCGAUCCACUGUCGCCUUCUUCUCCCUCUUCCUCACCCUCGACAUGGCCUUCCUCAUGCUCUCCAUUGCCCACUUCCAGACUGAAGAAGGUGGUGCCCCCGGCAAGAACCUCACUGUCGCUGGUGGUGUUUUCGGCAUGAUCGCUGCUUUCUUGGCUUGGUACAAUGCUUUGGCCGGUCUCUUGGACGCAAAUAACAGCUGGUUCCCAAUCCCAGUCCUCCACUUCCCAUGGAGCGAGACCGGCAAGGCCAGAAAGGCCGAGACCUCCGCCGCAUAA